CGCACCGGAUGAUGCCCCCGCGGGGGGCGGCGGGUUCCUGCCGCCGGCGGCGCCUGGCGCCCCUCAACGAGGACAACGGGCGGUUCCUGCUGCUGGCCGCCCUUAUCGCGGCGUACCUGAGCGCCGGCGCCACCGUCUUCUCGGCCCUCGAAAGCCCGUCGGAGGCGGCGGCGCAGCUCCGCUGGAACCGGACCCUGCACAACUUCAGCCGCAUCUUCAACAUCAGCCUGCCGGAGCUGCGCGCCUUCCUGCGGAGCUACGAGGCUGCCAUGGCCGCGGGCAUCCGCGUCGACGCCCUGCGGCCCCGCUGGGACUUCCCCGGCGCCUUCUACUUCGUGGGCACUGUCGUCUCCACCAUAGGUUUUGGAAUGACCACGCCAGCAACUGUGGCUGGCAAAGUAUUCCUCAUCAUUUAUGGCCUUUUUGGGUGUGCUGGGACUAUCCUUUUCUUCAACCUCUUCUUGGAGCGAAUUAUCUCUCUGCUGGCGUUUAUCAUGAAGGCGUGCUACGAGAGACAGCUGCGAAGAAGUGGUCUCCUACCUCCCAACUUCCGCAGGGGGCCAGCUAUGGCUGGGGUGGGCAGCCUGGUGGGGUGGAAGCCAUCCGUGUACCACGUGCUGCUGAUCCUGGGAAUCUUUGCCGUUACCAUUUCCUGCUGCGCCUCCGCCAUGUACACAGCGGUGGAAGGGUGGAACUACGUCGACUCUUUGUACUAUUGCUUUGUCACCUUCAGCACCAUCGGCUUCGGAGAUUUGGUAAGCAGCCAGAACGCUGCCUACCAAAAUCAGGGAUUAUACAGAUUCGGGAACUUUGUCUUUAUAUUGAUGGGGGUAUGUUGCAUAUACUCUCUUUUUAAUGUCAUCUCGAUCUUAAUCAAGCAAGUGUUGAACUGGGUGUUGAAAAAAUUGGAAUGCAGUUGUUGCCCCAAGUGCCGUAAAUCCAGCGCCCGCCUGGGCCGCCGCAACGCCAUCACCCCGGGAGCACGCCUGCGCCGGCGUAACAUCUCCAUGGACACCGAAGGACAGUAUGACAGCGACACCGAAGGCAGGAGACUCUCUGGAGAGAUGAUCUCCAUGAGGGAACUCACAGCCUCCAAUAAAGUCUCCUUGGCCAUUUUGCAAAAGCAGUUGUCCGAGACGGCCAACGGCUACCCGAGGAACGUUUGUAUCAAUACGAGACAGAAUGGUUUCUCUGCAGGGGUGGGGGCUCUAGCCAUCAUGAACAACCGCUUGGCAGAAACGAGUGAUUCUAGGUAGAGUUUUUUGACAUUGCUUUUGUUUCUCAAAAACAACAACAAAACACAACCACACACAACAAACCAAAACCCCAAAUACAAAUGGUGUUUAAAGGGUAAGCUUUUGGUUCAGAGACAGCCAUUUGGAAAGCUUUCAGUUCAGAGACAGCCAUUGGGCAUUCAGCAUUUUAGUUCUGGAGCGGC